UCUUUUCAGGCACAGACUCACUGGAGAGGCUGACGUUUUUUUUAGUUUUUUUUUUCGACUGCUAUUGUACUAUAGCUCGCCCAUAGCACUCAAGAACCAUGUGCUCUGGUGGUUUUGCCAAAUGCCUGGGCAUCACCCUCAUUCCCUUGGCUAUUCUUUGCAUUCUCUGCAACAUCUUGCUGUUUUUUCCUGGCGGCGUACCUGCUUCAAGCAAUGACAACAUCACCGAGGAGGUGUGGUACUUUGGUGGCAUCCUCGGCUCUGGCGUUUUGAUGAUCUUCCCAGCCCUGGUCUUCCUGGGAUUAAAGAACAAUGACUGCUGUGGUUGCUGUGGUAAUGAAAGUUGUGGGAAGCGCUUUGCGAUGUUCACUUCCAUCAUCUUUGCCGGAGUGGGACUCGUUGGCGCUCUAUACUCCACGAUCAUAUCCGCGGCUGCCAUAAAUCGCGGACCUCUUUGCGCGACCGACACUGCCAGCAACGCCACGUUCUUUUAUCCAUUUCAAAACGGGGACUACCUGAGUAACCACACCCUGUGGGACGAGUGCCAGCAGCCGGAGCGAAUCGUGCCCUGGCACCUGACGCUCUUCUCCUUGCUUCUCAUCAUGGGCCUGGUCCAGGCGGCGCUGUGCGGCUUCCAGGCCAUCAACGGCCUUAUCGGCACCAUCUGCGGAGACUGCUGCGGCUGCUGCGGGAGUGAUGGAGCGGUCUAACUGAGAAUCCUGCUCAAUUGGACAAACAAUAUAAAGAACUUUUCAGAAACUUAUAUUUUUCAUCACAUAUUUAUGAGGUACAUUUUUUUUUCUUCAGUUUUUAAAAAUGCUAAGUGAUGUCUGGUAUAAAGAAACUUUGCUGGAGGACUCUAUAGUCACAUGAUGGCAAAGGAAAUACCAGCUUGAAUAUGUUGAAUAUUUAUUUUACAUUAUUACUAUUCAUAGGUUUUUUUUUUUUGUUUUUUUUUUUUACUUCAGAAUAGACAUAAUUUGCUCAGUCAGAAAUGAGAUUGUAAUUUCAAUUUUUUCUCACAAUCUUUAAUUUCAAAAUGUCAAAAUGUAAAAUUGCAAAAUGUGAAACAAAUGUAUGAAUAUUUUCAGUUUAAAAAUGGACAGUAAAAUAUUGUGACAAGUUAUGGGACAUUGUCCCCAUUGAUUUAACUGUGAAGGAUGUACAUUUUCCUCUGUAAAGCAGAUUGAACAAAUGUUGUAAGCGUAGAAUAGAAAAGCACAAAACAGAUUAUCCUCCUGUUUUCCAAACAUGAUAUUACAAUGGCAGACUAAAAGUAGAAAGCAUUCUCAUGAAUAUCCAGUGAAAUAUCUAGGAUCAAACAGAGUAUGGAAACUGCAAAUGGCAUUAAUAAAUUCCAUGGCAGAUUGUGGAAA